CGCGAAAUGACGUCAUCUUCGACCUCUGAACCGACGAGAGUUAUCAACAGUAAAAGCGCUUUUUAGACGCUCUCUCAUCGCCGACAAGGCAGACAGCGUCUCGGUCCAGCUGAAAGUCGGGGGCCGAUCUUUGCAGCUUACGUUCGACCACAAUGUCUUCGUUCGUUACUGUUUUCUUUUUGCUUGGCCUGUGCGUGGCCAACGCCAUCAACUUUACAACCGUCUACGAGUGGGACAAAUUCGAUUUCAUCUGGCCAUCAGGAGCGUACACUUCAAACGGACAGAUUAAAGAUAAAUUUGAUCCGAAGAAUGUUGACUUUCGAUACAUGGCUAUUUUUGGAGAAAGGCUCUUUCUAGGCCUUGAAAUGGAUUCCGGAAUUCCCGCCACUUUGGUGUGGCUGCCAACGAGCGGCACGUCGACUGCACCUCCGAAACUUGCUCCUUUCCCAACCUUGGAAUUACACAAAAGAAACAACUGCGACACUAUUCAGGUGGCCAGAGGAAUGGAAACGGACACUGACGGUCGGUUGUGGGUGCUCGAUGAUGGGAGUGACGAAUGUCCAGGAAAACUUUGGGUAUUCAACCUUCUCAACGACACAACCGAGCGUGUCCACCAGUUCCCGGACACGGUCGUGCCUCAUGCAUCUCAUAAGAGGUCGCUGCUUGAUAUAGCGCUGGACAAAACGCAAGAAGAUUACCUUGCGUACAUCUCGAACUCACGGUCUGAGCAAAUCGUCGUUCACAGCCGAAAAAUGGACAAAUCCCGGACAGUGAAAACACCAGGAGUAAGUUGGGCUACUUUGGCUCUCUCUCCUAAAAGGGAGGCGAGGCAGUUGUACCUUAGAAGAGCUGAUUCCAACGAACUGUACUCAAUGUCUGUGUCUGCGCUGAAGAAUGAAGGUGGAAGCGCUACGGCGAAAUUAAUCGGCAAAUGGACUGAUGAUCCUUACACCAUCUUAAUCGACAGCGCCAAUGUCAUGUAUGCCGCCUUUUGGAGCAAGAAUUACUUCUCCAAAUGGAAUAUUUCGGAGCCCUUUCGUGAACAGAGUAUUCACGAGGUCGGAAGACUGGAUGCUUAUCGGCCAUUAACUUUUGCCUUGGACACAGACGGCGUUUUAUGGAUGAUGCAGAGAAAUGUAACUGAGGGUUGGGCUAAGACUAGGCAUAAACUGCUCAAGGCUGCAGUUGGCGCAAAUUCAUAUCAAUAAUUCAGCGCAGUCCAUGCUGAGUCUAAAUAAAUAUCUCCCGUUCCUGAUCCUUUUGCAGACUUGUCAUUGCGUGGCCGGCUCUGAGGACGAGAAGAAUGCAAACCUCUUUCAGGCACAUUUCGAUGGACUACUUCGCUUUCCCGGACAACAAACGGUCUUUUACCGAUACUGUUAUAAAAUACAUAGUACUUGUGUUGGAUUUUAAUUGUGGUUUAGUUAAAAAAAACAGAUUAUUAGAAUGCUUUAUGUAUUUUAUUGUCAUUUUUAACAGAAUAAUAUUUUAUUGCAUCAUUCCCUUUCUAAUUAAAAUGUUUUGUUCCUAAAAUAAUCCGUUUUUAAUUCUAAAGAUGAUGGCUGAAAAAUACUUUUCAAUAGUUAACUUUUUAAUUAAAGCUAGAAAAAAUUUCUCGAGCGUUCUGCCACUCAUUCUUAAAAAAAUUGACAAUUUGCUGGCAAUUUUCUCAAAAAAAUAGAGCUUUAUCUAAAUAAAAUUUUUGUAAACAGAGCAGCAAUUUUGCUCCCCUACAUUCAAUAUUAUCAUUUCAUGCUUGCAUUACGUUUGACAUUUAAAAUUAAACAACUAAAACUUGACAUUGCUGUGCGCUAGACAGUCUUUUUCUUAAAGUGUUUUAUGUAGAAAUGAUGAUUACUAGGAAUAAAGUCCGGCGACCAAUUCA